GGCGGAAAUGCACCACCUGCUGGUUUGCCAUAAAACAAAAAGAAGAGGCAGAAGUAGGCUAGAAAAGAAUAAGGAAUGUCAGCCAAUCAGGAAGCACAAUUAGAUGAACUGCUGGCUCUAGCAAGUAUAUAUGAUGAAGAGGAGUUUCGCAAGAGAGAAUCAAUGCAGAAAGGUGAAAUCCGUCUGUGCCUUGAGCUUCCACCUAACUUCAGACUGCUACUCAAGGGACAGGCAUGCAUAGAGUGUGGUAUAUCCUUUCUACCCCCCUUGGUUCUGAGUUUUGAACUACCUACAGACUACCCUUCAUCAUCGGCUCCAGGUUUUACUCUAAGCUCCAAAUGGCUUUCAAGAGUCCAGAUCACUGCUCUUUGCAAGAGACUGGACGAACUUUGGGAAGAGAACAGGGGCAACGUGGUUCUUUUCAUCUGGAUCCAGUUCCUGAAGGAAGAAACUCUGGAAUUUUUGAACAUCCAGUCUCCGCUUGAGAUCCAAAAUAUUGGUGGCCAGCCUCAAUGUAAAUUUGGUCAUAACCCAGCAGUAGAGACUGCUGUUGAAAAAAGUGAAGUGCAAGAGUUGGACAAACGAGCAGUUCAAGAAGUUGACCCUAACACAGAUAUACUAACCCAACUGUUGGACUUUAAUGAAGCUCAGAAGCAGAAGGUGUUUGAUGGAAAGAUUUUUAGCUGUGGAAUCUGCAUCUCUGAGAAUUUGGGUUCCAAGUCUUUGCUUUUCAAAGAGUGUCAGCAUGUCUACUGCAAGGCCUGCAUGAAGGAAUACUUUCAGUUCCAAAUUAGAGAUGGUAAAGUCCAGUGCCUUACCUGCCCUGAGACAGAGUGUAUGUCCAUGGCCACUCCUGCACAGGUGAAACUUCUUGUGAGUCAAGAUGAAUUUGCCCGCUAUGACCGCCUCCUUCUGCAGUGGAGUCUGAAUCUAAUGGCAGAUGUUGUUUAUUGUCCACGCAUGAGCUGCUGCAUGGCUGUGAUUAUUGAGCCUGACACUACCAUGGGCAUCUGCCCCUCAUGCCAAUAUGUGUUCUGCACCCUCUGCAAGCGAACAUACCAUGGCCUCUCUGUCUGCAAAGAAGGUAAGAUCACAGUGGAGUAUCCUUUUAUACACACAAGUACAGUUGAAUCAAGUCAAUUUCAUUUGUGUGGGAAUUUACAUUUAUGCAUUUAUCAGACGCCUCUACAUAGCAAAAUCCCUGGUGUCACAUUAACACUGCUGGGUGUCUAUAUGUGUCCACACUAG